AUGACCCAACAACCGCCCACCGAAAUGCGCCGCUGGCAAAUCCCCGCCCCAGGCGCCUUCAUCAAAGACCUCGCCCUAACAACCGUUCCAACCCCGUCCGCCACAGCCCUCAAACCAACCCAAGUCCUCGUCCAGGUCGUUGCCGCGGGCAUCAACCCAGCAGACUACAAGCUGCCGGACCUAGGCCUCGUCGCAAAAGCAAUGGUCUCCUUCCCCCGCUGCCCAGGCAUGGACUUCUCCGGCCGCGCCGUCGCCGUCGGCUCCGAAAUCACCGACAUCGCCCCGGGCGACCUCGUCGUCGGCCGCGUCGAUCCCCUGGGAAGCCACGGCUCCCUGAGCGAGUACCUCGUCGCCGAGCGCGACGGCGUAGCCGCUUUCCCUCACGGAUCCGGGGCCGCGGAGAGUCUGGAGCAGGCUGGCGCGGUGGGCACGGCGGGCCUGACGGCGUACCAGACCAUCGCGCCGUACGUCAAGGCGGGCGACCACGUCUUCAUCAACGGCGGCUCGGGCGGCACGGGAACGUUUGGUAUCCAGAUCGCAAAGGCGCUCGGCUGCACCGUUACAGUCUCGUGCUCCACCGGCAAAGCAUCCCUCUGCAAAUCCCUCGGCGCCGACGAGAUCAUCGACUACAAGACCUCCGACGUCGUCUCGACCCUCCGCGCCAAGGGCAAGGUCUUCGCCGUCGUCGUUGACAAUGUCGGAAACUCGCCGCCGAACCUGUACAAGGCGUCUGACGAUUUCUUGCUCGAGGGCGGCCACUUCAAGUUCGUGGGUGGGGCGGUGUCGUUUGCGCAGGUGAGCAGUCUCGUGACGAGCAUGUUCCUGCCGGGGUUCCUCGGCGGCGCGAAGCACAAGUUUGAGGCGUUCAUGACGAAGAAUGUGCACGCGGAUCUGGCGCAGAUUGCGGCGUGGAUGGCGGAGGGUAAGGUCAAGACUGUGGUUGAUUCAACGUACGAGUUUGAGGAUGCUGUCAAGGCGUAUGAGAAGCUCAAGGAGGGGUCGGCUGCUGGUAAGAUUGUGGUGAAGGUCGCGAAGAAGGCUUGA